AUGGUCAAGUCUGUUAAUGUUGCCAUUAUUGGUUCUGGUGUCGUUGGUUCUGCCUUCAUCAGCCAAUUGAAAAACUUAAAAUCAGCUAUUAAUUUCAAUGUUGUCUACUUAGCAAGAUCUUCCAAAGAAGCUAUCUUUUCAUCCGAUUAUAAACCAGUUGAUUUAGCUAGUUAUAAAACUGCUAAUGCCCAAUCUGUUUUGUCUUUAGAUGCUUUAACCAAGUUUUUAAAAGAGGGUUCCAAACCAUCAAUUCUUAUCGAUAAUACUUCUAAUUCAAGCAUCGCCGACUAUUACCCAACUUUUAUCAAGGAAGGUAUUUCCAUCGCUACUCCAAAUAAAAAAGCUUUUUCAUCAGAUUUGAAAACUUGGAAUGAAAUUUUUGAUAGUUCCAACGCCCCAAACGGUGGCUUAGUUUACCAUGAAGCCACUGUUGGUGCUGGUUUACCAAUCAUUGGUCCUUUGAGAGACUUGAUCACCACUGGUGAUAAAGUUGAAACCAUUGAAGGUAUCUUUUCCGGUACUUUAUCUUACAUUUUCAAUGAAUUCUCAACCACCGAUUCAUCUUCUAAAGUCAAUUUCUCUGACGUUGUUACCGUGGCUAAAAACUUGGGUUAUACUGAACCAGAUCCAAGGGAUGAUCUUAAUGGGUUAGAUGUUGCAAGAAAAGUCACCAUCUUAGCUAGAAUCUCUGGCUUCAAUGUUGAAUCUCCAACCUCGUUCCCAGUCGAAUCGUUGAUUCCAAAAGAUUUAGAAAGUAUUCAAAGUGCUGAUGAAUUUAUUUCUAAAUUACCAAAUUACGAUGGUGAUAUUCAAAAAGUUAAGGAAGAAGCUCUUGCUGAAAACAAAGUUUUGAGAUUUGUCGGUAAAGUUGACUUCAAAGAAAAUAAAGUCAGUGUUGGUAUCAACAAAUACAGUUUCGAUCAUCCAUUUGCCUCAUUGAAGGGUAGUGAUAAUGUUGUUUCUAUCAAAACUGAUAGAUACCCAAAUCCUUUAAUUAUUCAAGGUGCUGGUGCUGGUGCUGAGGUCACCGCUCAUGGUGUCUUAGCCGAUGCAAUCAAGAUCGCUGAAAGAAUUGCUAAUUAA